AUGCACCUGUACAGAGGGUGCGCUUGUUUGAACUGCAGGUAUUUGUCGUCUUCUCCCUCAAAACCCACAUUAAUACCAACUCGAUGCUCCGAUGGGUGUAACUCCUUCAGGAAACGAAAAGUCAAAUGCGAUGGACGACGACCCAUAUGUAAAGCUUGUUUGACUUUUUCUCCAGAAGAAUGCCAAUACGCGGACGGGGCCCUUUCGGAAGAUCAAUCGCUCGAAUCAGAGAUCGAGUCUAUGGAGAACCGUUUGCGUCGACUCCAAAACCCUGGAGAGCUACCAAUGACGUUCAGAGAUAGUAUGUCUUUGCACAGCCCUUAUAGCACAACUUCCAGUACCUCGUCAUUGCGCCGAGGCUUGAAAUUCCGGGAUGCCCCGCCGGCUAUUCGUCGAAAGUGGCUACAUACAUUCAUUAGUCAUGCUCCAGUGUUUGGAUUCUUCCUCGCGAACUCGAAAUUGGAAACCCAACAGCCAAGUCCGCCCCUCUUGAGCGCCGCCUACUUGCUGGGUGCCCUCCUUACUCGCGUUCAAGACACUGCUUCGUAUGAACAAGACCUUCUUGCCACCACCCUUCAUGAAACUGCCCAAGGACUCGCUGGAGCACAUCCUGACCGUUUAUUACAAACCAUCCAAGCAGAAGUGUUAGUAGCUAACUAUUUCUUUCUCUAUGGGAGAGCGCUGGAAGGAAAAUAUCAUGUUACCGCUGCUGUAUCCCUUGUAUUGGGAGCUGGUUUUCAUAAGAUCGGAUCAUCGCAGCAGCAAGCCCUUCCCAGAUUAGGACUCGAUGCACCACUCUCUCUCGAAAGCGUGGCAAAGGAGAUUGAAAACAUCAGAGCCCUUUGGAUGGUCUUGAUCAUGAACCACUGUUGGACUUCAGCCGAUGGGGCCGCUUCUUAUAUUGCCUAUGACCACCCUGAGUCUAGAAUUGACGCGCCCUGGCCGGUGGAUAUCGAAUACCAGCCUUCACAGGUCCUUAGUCUUCGUGGCAGCGACACCAUUGAGAAAUUUUUGAGGGGCAACCCUGACGAUGGAAUUUCAUUGUUGGCAUUGCACGCGAAAGCCGCUAUAUUGUUUGAGCAGGCCUCUUUCCUACAUAGACAAUACCGACCCAACAUGUCUCUGAAAGACGCAACACGCUUUCAAUCUUCAUUCAAUAAUCUCGAUUCUCUUAUACGACGGUUCAUUUCGAAGCUGCCGCCCAUCAUCAGUUCAUCGAGACCGAUAGUCCUCCGGAGACUGAUGUUGAUCAAUACCCUCGCUCGGGUGUCCUUGAUUCAGAUGCAUUACACUUUUUCUGCUCACGAUAUGUCGUCCCGCUCCCUGAUUCUGACUACUGCCGAGAGUAUUGUUUUGGCACUUCGUAACACUGUGUUAGAUGAUUUCCCCUCUAUCGAUCCCAUAAUGGCAACGCUCUGGGGUGCAACUGCAAAGGUUUUCAUCGAGGAGAUUGUCGCUAGCCGUGAUUCAAGUCUACAAUCUGGUUUACACAGACAAAGAUCGCCGCACGAGCUGAUGUCUGCCGUCGAGCUUGUCAUAUCGGUUAUGGCAAGGUUCUCACCUUAUUCUGAGAUGAUGGCAGAUGCUCAUCUUGUUCAAGUACGACAAAAUUAUGCGCGUGCCAAAUGA